UAAAAUACAUUCAAUGAAAAUAAAUAUGCAUGAUUUGUAUUGCUUGUCAAAUUUUAUUGAUUAUUCAUUGCCCAUUCACGAACCUCUUAAACAUAGUAACAGAAUUAAGUACACUUGUUUUGAUAUAUCGGAGAAUUAUGUUAUCUUCGGAGCUACUUCCGGAUCGCUGUAUCUCUUCAAUCGUUGCAGUGGGAAAUUUUUACAUUUAAUACCAAAUAAACAUGGUCCUAUUAAUCACUUGGCUAUAUCGGUGAAUGAGAAAUAUGUAGCAUUUUCAACAAAUCGUUCCAUAUGCGUUUAUGCAGUUAAUCUGUCUGCCCAAGUAGCACCGCAAGUGAUUUAUACGAAUUUAAGCAGUGAUCAAUCAGUGCAAGUAACUUGUUUACAUUGGACACAUGAUGAGAAACAGUUCUACUAUGGAGACUCUCGAGGGCAAGUCAAUUUGGUAUUGCUCUCAUCAUUCAUGGGCCAUAGUUUACUUAAUAUGACCAUACAUACAAUACUCUUCUUGGAGUCUCCUAUAAUACAAAUUGAUGACUUUGAAUCUCUGUUAUUGGUAUCCAAUUGCUCCAAAUGCAUUUUAUGUAACACAGAAUAUGAGGAAUAUAAACAGAUUGGUAAUCGAACACGUGAUGGAGCAUAUGGAUCUUGUUUUGCCGUUUCUAAUAAUGAAGCUAUACAACCAUCAAGAAUUUAUUGCGCACGCCCUGGGUCUCGAUUUUGGGAAGUUGAUUUCGAGGGCGAUGUUAUACAAACCCACCAAUUUAAAACAGCUUUAGCUAUACCACCAGUUAAAAUACAUAAAGUAUCUGAAAGUGAAAUAGAGACAAUUGCUAAAUAUGAGGAGAAUGAUGAAAUGCUUGAUUAUCAACCACAGAAUCUACAAUUUGGAAAAGUGCAAAUGCUAAAUCAAGAUUUUCUGCUAGCAUAUACAGAAUUGGGUCUGUACGUAUUCGACAUGCGGAAAUCAAGCAUAGUACUGUGGUGUAAUCAGUUUGAACGCAUUGUUGAUUGUCGUGUCGUUAACGAUGAUAUUGUGGUAUUCACUCAAACUGGUUCAUUGUACAGUGUACGUGUGUUGCUAAUGACACAAUAUGUUUGUGAGCUUGUAAGGCAGGAAAAGUUAUUGGAAUGUGCUUGCUGUAUGCGGAAGAAUGUUAAAUAUUUUGCUGAUAAGGCGCGCGAAGAUUACGACAUGAAUGUAUUAAAUCAAAUAAAAAAUUUUCUCAUUGAUCGUCAGGAAUACGAGCUAUUGAAUGAUUUAUCAGUUAUAUUUGAUGCUAUUGCACAAUGUGAAGGUAAUGGAGAUAAUAACAGUUCCGGCGGUAGUUCAUGUACAGCGGAACGUAGCAUAAGCUUAGGUGCAACUGCAAUGCAUAAUAAAAUAAGUAAAGAACAGACAACACAUGGCAUAUAUGUUUUAGAAAAUGCAUUUUGUGAUAAUUUAAAAUCUCAAAAGAGCACUGAGAAACCCUUAAAGGAUGCCUUGUUGACUGUUACCGGUAAAUUCGGUAAAAAUAUUAUCAAAUAUAAAUUUAAUGUAUUUUCGGAAGAACAACAAAAACUUGUACAUGAACUUAUACCAACCAAUGAACGUGUCUUACCUUUUAAGGAUAUAAGAGCUUUAUGUGAAAAUGAUGAAGAAAUCGUAUGUCGUAUGAAACGGAAUAAUUCCGAUACGAACACUAAAAACUUCAAUGGGCAGCAUAUAAGCGCUGAGGAGAAAACUAUUUACAAUUUAUAUUUGAUUUGUAAAAGUGCUAAAAUCAGUAAUACGAAUUUUGUUGAAAGAUAUCGUGAUCUCUUCGAUAGCAUUGGCUCAGCACGGGAUCUCAUUAGUUUACUUGAUAAAUUGGAACAAGUAAUGCGUGAACACGGCGAUAGUGAGCUCCAAGCGAAAAAGAGUUGCUAUGAAAUGUACUUCAAUUACUUAAAUGCUGAACUCAUUUGGGAAAUGGAUGACUUUACGCGUGAUUAUAUCAGAAAUGGUUUUAUAUUGCUUAAUGCGUCUAAUGAUAUUGUGCGCUGUGAUAAUUGUAAUUUCCCAUUGCGCUUUGAUAAUUCGUGUUUAUAUCACGAUAUAGGUGCUGUGUUAUUACGUUAUUAUUGGUCACGCAAUGAGCAGGUGAAAUGUUUCGAUGUUUUGACGCAAGUGCCGGCACUGUUUGACAUUUUAGCCAGAUUUUAUUUGGCAGAAAAUAAUUUGGAUAAAAUAUUAUCUAUUGUACUUAAUUAUGGUCAGCCACAAUUACUACAGGAUAUUGGCAAGAACUUCAGCUUAUACGCAUGGGCACGUUGUUUCGAACAGUUCGUGGAGUUGCAGCAAGGCCGUUUAUCCUGUGUUAAUUGUGAAUGUGUGACACCAGUUGAGAAUGUGAACAGACAUUUCUUUUAUACAUGGAAUUGCUUCUUAGGUAUAGCAUUAGAUUAUCUGGAAGCGCAUGAUAUACUGACUUUAAUUUUGAAAUGGUCUAAUUGUAUACCAAAUGAUGCAAUUGAUCGCGAAUUUUAUACGCGAUGUUUGUUAAAGGCUUGAGAAUUGCUUCUGCGUGAUAUGACGUUAUUAAUCCUUAUAUAGUUUGGGCGUGUAACAAAAGUAUUAAGUGAAAAAUAAAUCACUAAUUAAUUCGAUAUUUAUGUAAUGGUUUUAUAUAAAUUUUAAUUAUCUCAACUUAUUAUAUUUAAAAAAUCAACCUAUAUAUAUUAUAAAGUGUGUUCUUGAUUACAUGUAUAGCUAUUAGCUUGUGUUAGUUUUACUUUGACAUUCUUUAAGUUAUAAGUGCAAUAAAUAUAUUUACAUAUAUAUCACAAUAAAUCACUUUAAUUAUUUGAGUAUUGAAAAAAUCAAGUAUUAUUUAACCUUGGAAGUUUUUUAUGUAAUGUAAGUUCACACACACAUGAAAUAUUUGAUAGCGUUAACAUAGCGCGUAUACCACCGCUUUUAAUGGGAGUAUUCCAUUAAAGCUUAAAUGAGCUAAAUUUCUACAACAAUAAAAAAAAAAGA